AUGACCAUCCACUACUUGAACGGCAAAGGCUCUGCGCUUUUCCGUCCUCUGACUAUUUCAAAUGGCAAAAUUACCCUCGAACAUCGUGUCGUCCAUGCGCCUUUGACCCGCAACCGUGGGGAGCCAUUGAGUCCUACCAGCACCCCGGACCACCCGAAUCGUAUUUGGAUCCCAGGAGAUGCGGUUGUGGAGUACUAUUCCCAGCGUGCUACCAAGGGUGGCUUGAUUAUUACGGAGGGAAUUCCACCAUCGCUCGAGAGCAAUGGCAUGCCCGGAGUACCCGGUCUCUUCAACUCCGAACAAGCAGCAGGCUGGAAACGAGUCGUCGACGCAGUGCACGCUAAGGGGGCCAUUAUCUUCUGCCAGCUAUGGCACGCCGGCCGUGCUACGAUCCCUCAGAUGACUGGAUCGCCUCCCGUCUGCCCCUCGGCCAGUGUGUGGGACUGUCCGACAGAAUGUUACUCGCACGCGCCCGUUGGUACCACCGAGCCCGUGCUCUAUGCUAAUCAUCCGCCUAUCGAAUUGACUGUGGACCACAUCAAGCAGACUAUCGAUGAUUAUUGCACUGCGGCCAAGACCGCCAUGGAUAUUGGCUUCGAUGGCGUCGAGAUCCAUGCUGGAAAUGGAUACUUGCCGGAGCAAUUUCUGAGCUCCAAUAUCAAUAGGCGUGAGGAUGCUUAUGGCGGGACUCCGGAGAAGCGCUGCCAAUUUGUGUUUGAGCUAAUGAGCCAGAUGGCGCAGACCAUUGGCGAGCAAAACCUGUCUAUUAGAUUGUCGCCCUUUGGUGUAUUCAAUCAAACGCGCGGAGAACAGCGCCUCGAGACUUGGACUCAUCUCUGCGAGGGUCUCAAGAAGAAUCUACCUGCGCUUUCCUAUGUCAGCUUUAUCGAGCCGCGUUAUGAACAAAUCUUCGAUGUGGAAGAAAAGGACAAGUUCCUGGAGAGCUGGGGCCUGCUGGACGUGACUCUUGAUCGUUUCCGUCAGAUCUUUGGGUCCACUCCAUUCUUCUCCGCUGGUGGGUGGAACGACCAAAACUCCUGGGGAGUAGUGGAAUCGGGCAAAUACGAUGCUCUUCUGUACGGUCGCUACUUUACCAGCAAUCCGGAUCUGGUGCACAGACUGAAGGAAAAGAUCCCCCUGGCUCCAUACGACCGAGCUCGGUUCUAUGGACCCUUUGAGGAUAAGACCUUCCAUUAUACCGAUUACCCUACUGCGGAUCAGCAGAAUUAG